AAUGGAGACCCACCCAUAUCAAUAUAUUAUACAUCUUUUCUAGUUUUAUUUUUCUUCAAUUUUUUGACCACUUUUUUUAUCUAUUUUUCCUGUUUUUGUAACUUCUGUUUGCUGUCUCUACCAUCCCCAGCAUGUUCAAGAAUCGAGUGAAAUUUAUAUGCAGAUGAGUUUGUCGGGUUAUUACUUAAUUUUAUAGGAAAUACUUCUCUUUAUUUGCUUGUUACCAUCAACCUCAUCUCUUUAUAUAUAAUACAAUACAUUCAUAUAUUAUAUAUAAUGCAAACUUCUGAUUGAAUCUCAUGCGUCUCCAUCCUUUACCUUUUCAAACUCUACAUCAAUUCAUGGAACCCUUCUCAGCAUGAGCAAACAGGCACCUUUUUUCCCCUUUUAUACUCUUAUCUUUCUUUUCUACAGAUGAAUAUAAUCUUUAUAAACUUCAAGAUAAAGAAGGAAAGAAUGAUAUUAUAUUAAAACAUAGUCAAAUGUACAUUUAUAAAAUUUACUUCAAAAUACUGGUCAUCGGCACCAUAGAUUCUGUCAUCUCCAUGCACUCUUGCACGUUAAGUAAAGCUAUAUUCUAGCACAAAUACAUUGGCAACGAGCACAAGUUUAUGCAAAGCAAAAUAUGCUUGAACCACCGGCUAAGCAAAUGCAUUGCAAACAUAUCUUUAUGCUUUCCUCCGUUCCCUGUCUCUCCCCUACAAUUUUCCUCCCUAACAACCUAUCAGACAGUCACCAACCAAUCUAAGAUUUUUGCUACAAUUCUCAUCUCAUCUAUAUUCACCGGAUAAUGGCUUCUCCUUCCCUUCAAACUCCAGCUCUCAGCUCAAGACUUGGUCAGAAUAUCCAUAAUAUGUCAUUUCGACCAACCUAUGCUCAUCGUACUUUCAUUGCUCUUAAACCAGAGAAAUGGCCUCAUCAUAAAAACAAGGGAAGAGCAGCAUAUUUGAAGAGGACUAACAUAUGGAGACCACUCUGUGUCAGAAGACCAACGGAACCAGGGGAGCCUCAUUUUCUGAAGAAUUCCACUCAGUCACCUCUAUCUGAUGCAAUUCUCGAAUUCUACUCGUCUAUCAACGACAAGGACCUGAAUAAAUUAGAGCAGCUCAUCUCUGAUGAUUGUGUCUUUGAGGAUUUGACAUAUUUCAAACCACUAGAACGAAAGAAGAUUCGCCAGUUCUUCAAACAACUGACAGGAGCCAUGGGAAAGCAUGUGAGUUUCGUCAUUGAUGGGGUGCUUGAAGGGAAGGAGCUAAAUGUUGCAGUAACAUGGCAUCUAGAAUGGAACAACGAGUUCAUCCCCUUCACCAAAGGCUGCAGCUUCUAUAAAUGCUCAAAGAAAGGAGAGAAGUUGAUGAUCAAGGAAGCUCGUGUCUUCGUUGAGUCACCAAUGAAACCAGGAGAUCUUGCACUGGAAAUACUGAAGAUCAUUAUUUCACUGUUCGACAAGUUUCCUAAGUUGGCUGAGAGUUUUCUGCAGAAGCCUGAUGCAAUAGUUCUUUUGUUCAAGAAGAUUUACAAGUGGCUUAUAGAGCCUAUGAUCUUUCCAUUUUUGGUGUACUACACCCAUUUUUGGACAUAUGUGGAUCGAGGGCUACGCUACGUGCUCAACAUGCUGCUGAAAAUCUUAAAGCUCUUUAUAUGAAUGCCAUGCAAGAUUUUCGUUAAUUGUCAUCUCCAUUGCUGCUUGACAUUUCCAGUAAUGAGAGAACAACCAAAGGGCCAAGAACAGGUGGCAAAGGUGGCCUGUGAAAGGCUACCAGUGGCUCAACAUUGUUAUCUGUUACUUGGCCUGCUUUCUCAGGAUCAUUAUUUUCAUGUUUAUUAAUGGUCGAAACUGUCAUGAAUCCUGUUCAUACAGUGCAUAGAGUGUACUGAAAGUUUGGGAAAAAAAUAAAAAGCAAGCAUAACAUUA